UCUAUAGCUGUUCUAUAAAACCAACUUAUAUCAAGUAUACUCUUGUGUGUGUCUAAACCGACACAUACACACACACAUAUAUAUAUACCCGCGCCCCAUUAUCCAAGCAUGUUCAACACCUAUUGAUCUUAUGAAUAUCUACAGCAUAUAAAUUAAAGGGAGAUGGGAUUUGUUCAGGUUCCAUGUUCAUGGAAGUUUGGUUCAAGAAUGAUGGUUUGGUGGCUUUUGUGUGUGUUUAUGAUCAUGGCUGGCCUCAUGAGUUGUGAUGGGACUGUAAGGCUCUCGCCAAAUAUGACAGCAGCCGGAAUUUUUGCAUUCGGUGACUCCAUUGUUGAUCAGGGCAACAACAAUGUGAUGAGGACUAUAGUUAAAUGCAAUUUUCCACCAUAUGGCAAAGAUUUCCAAGGUGGAGUCCCCACAGGGAGGUUCAGCAAUGGCAGGACCCCUCCAGAUUUUGUUGCCGAAGCGUUGGGGAUUGCAACAAUGAUACCAGCCUAUCUAGAUCCCAGCCUAACCAUAAAAGAUUUUACCAAAGGUGUAAGCUUUGCUUCUGGAGGAUGUGGUUAUGACCCUCAAACAGCUCAAUUAGUGUCAGUGACAUCACUAACUGAUCAGCUUGAGCAAUUCAAAGAUUAUGUAUGGAAGCUAAAAGGUGCAGUUGGAGAAGAAGCAGCAAACAACAUAUUGAACAGCAGCAUUCAUUUAGUAGUAGCAGGCAGCGAUGAUUUAGCAAAUACUUACUUCACCAUUGGUAUUCGCCGCCGGCAGUAUGAUGUUACUUCUUAUGCUGAUCUUGUAGUAUCCUCUGCCUCCACUUUCAUACAGCAACUGUACCUAGUUGGAGCAAGAAAGAUAGCCGUGUUUGGAGUCCCACCAAUAGGGUGUUUGCCAGCACAGAGAACACUUGCAGGUGGCUCAACAAGAGCGUGCGUCGAGGAGUACAAUAAGGCAGCGCAAAUUGUUAAUGCCAAACUCGCGCCAGCGCUUGAUUCCCUCACACAAAGUCUCCCUCAGUCAAGAGUUGUCUACAUCGAUGUCUACAACCCUCUUCUUGACCUCAUCCAACACCCCCAAAAAUAUGGUUUUGAAGUCAGCGACAUAGGGUGUUGCGGCACAGGGAAAAUAGAAGCAGUCGUGCUAUGUAAUCAAUACAGUGGAACAUGUGCAGAUGAUUCUAAGUACAUCUUCUGGGACAGCUACCAUCCCACUGAGAAAGCAUACAAGUUUCUUGUCGAUCAAAUUGUUCAAAAAUAUGCCAACAAGUUCCUCUAAUCAAAACAGACUACAGCCACAAAUCUCGACAAUUUCUUCCUACAUUGAUUAAGAGUGUCUUAUGUU